AUGGAUAAGCUUUUUAAAAUACCAUCUCUGGAAGAUUUUAAAAGAGUAACAGAUGAAAUUAUAAGUAAUUUAUAUAACUUGGAAAAUCACCCAAAUAUUUUGCAUGAAAAUGAUAUUAAGCUAGCAAAAGAAGAUGUAAGGAACUGCAUUUUAGAGACCAAUUUUGAUAUUGACAGAUUAACCACUUUAUUGGAAUCUCAGGAAUAUAGCGAAAAUAAAUUUUCUUAUUUCCUUUCAUCUAUUAAGGAAAGAAAAAGUGAUCUAUUGCUUUCAAUGUUUAUUCACUUUAAUAGUGCUUUUGGUGAAACAGUUCAAGAUUUUGACUGGCUCGUAAAACUUGUUCUUGGUACCAGUGAAUUGAAAACCAUAAGAUAUCCACUUCUACAGGUAUUAAUGUUAACUGUCACAGAAACGGGAAACAAAGACAAAAAAGUUUUUGAUAUCAAAAAAGAUAUGUUAGACAAAAUGAUUGAUGUUAUUGAAGGUACUGUAAAUGUGUAA